AUGGCAAAUUAUCUCCCUGUUGGAAAUGGCACGAGGUCGUUCUGGCUAACCGCAGAGACCGAGUUUGGCUCUACAAGGACGACGGAGGACCUUCCCUCGGAAGUCGACGUGCUGAUCAUCGGUGGUGGUUACGCUGGAGCCACUACGGCGUACUAUUUGCUGAAUGGAAAAAAUCCGCCAGAGUCUGUUCUCCUGCUUGAAGCCAGAACUUUGUGUUCGGGAGCCACCGGCAGGAACGGGGGCCACUUCAAGCCCAGCUUCUACAGCUCCUCAAUCUCGCACACCGAGAAAUACGGCCAGAAAGCUUGUGCAGAUAUCACGAAUUUCGAAAUGGCACAUUUAAAAGAAUUGAGAGAGGUGCUCGAAAAGGAAAAACUUGAGUGCGAGUACAUUGUCACCAGAGGCUGUGACGUGUACACGUCCGAAAAGGGUGCUCAAAAGGCAAUUGCGAAUUUCCAUCAUAUGAUGGAAAAUCCGUACGUUGAAAAUAAACACGAGUUCCAGCUGCAUGUUGGCGACCGAGCAAAAAUCCUUUCGAAGAUGCCCGACGCGCUUGCUUGUAUUACGGGACCCGCGGGCCAGAUGUGGCCGUAUAAGCUGAUGGUUGCCUUACUGGAAAUAUGUGCCACGAAGGGACUCAACAUACAAGCCAACACUCCCGUGUUGAGAACUGAGAAGCAAAAGGACGGAAAAUACCUAGUCCACACGGAAAGAGGCGACGUUAUUGCCAAGGCUCUCGUAAUAGCUACUAACGCGUAUACUGCCUCUGUCGAGCCUCGUUUUGAGAACAAGAUUGUCCCCAUCAAGGGCAUUUGCAGCCACAUCACCCCCUCUGGGAAUAAAGCUCCGGCGCAUCUGACCAACUCCUACGGACUACUUCUUGCACAGAACAGCGACUACCUCAUAAACAGGCCGGACGGGUCUAUCAUUCUAGGCGGCGCCAAAGAGCACCUCUUUCCGUACAAGGAGCGUUUCUACAACGUGGUGGACGAUAGCACUUUGGUCCCAGAUGCUGAAAGCUACUUUGAAGGGUACAUGGAGAAGAACUUCUAUAGCUGGCAGGACUCCAAGUCAGCCGUUGCCAAAGUCUGGAGUGGUAUAAUGGGCUACGCCGACGACGGGCUGCCGUAUGUGGGCGAGCUUGAUGAGAAGAAGUAUAUCCUGGCCGGAUUUGGUGGCCAUGGAAUGCCCCGGAUUCUCCUCUGUGCAAAAGCGGUUGCCAAAUAUAUUAAAGGCGAAUCCAGCGAAUUUGAGGUUCCUCGUCCAUUUUUGGUUACUCGUGAAAGAAUGGAGCAAACAGAGAACGGCGUUCUUGAGUCUCUACAGGCUGUUGUUCAGAAAUAA